AUGUGGACUGUGUGGUAUAUGGCUGCUCUGUCUGUGGCAGCUGUGUGUGGCACCCGCGAAGAAACAAACACAGUCCUCAGGGUUACUAAAGAUGUGCUGAGCAAUGCCAUCUCUGGCACAAUGCAGCAGAGUGAUGCCUUCCGAUCCGCCCUGAGGGAGGUGCCCAUGGGUGUUGGUGGUGUCCCCUACAACGACUUCCAUGUCCGAGAGCCUCCCCCUAAAUACACCAACGGCAGACAGCUUGGUGGCAAUUACAGAUAUGGUCACAUUGAGACCAACGACAACACUGCUCAGCUGGGGGGCAAAUAUCGCUAUGGGGAGAUCCUGGAGUCGGAUGGGAGCAUCAGGGACCUGCGGCAAGAGGACUACCGUCACGCGGAUUAUGCUUACCACCGGAACUCCGGGCGGUAUAGAUCUGCGGUAGAUCCACCCCCAGUGGCCAGGCUCCGACGGCGUGAACUGCGGCCGGGGGAGAUCCCGGCUGGCGUGGCCACCGGGGCGCUGGGCCCUGGGGGCCUGCUGGGUACUGGAGGCAUGCUGGCGAAUGAAGGGAUUCUGUCGGGCCAAGGUGGCCUGCUCGGAGGAGGUGGUCUCCUUGGAGAUGGAGGACUUCUUGGAGGAGGUGGUGUGCUGGGUGUGCUUGGAGAAGGCGGCAUCCUGAGCACUGUACAAGGCAUUACUGGGCUACGCAUUGUAGAGCUCACCCUUCCCCGGGUGUCUGUGCGACUCCUGCCCGGCGUGGGUGUCUACCUGAGCUUGUACACCCGUGUGGCCAUCAAUGGAAAGAGCCUCAUUGGCUUCCUGGACAUCGCAGUGGAGGUGAACAUCACGGCCAAGGUUCGGCUGACCAUGGACCGCACGGGCUACCCACGGCUGGUCAUCGAGCGCUGUGAUACCCUCUUGGGAGGCAUCAAAGUCAAGCUGCUUCGGGGGCUUCUUCCCAAUCUCGUGGACAACUUAGUGAACCGAGUGCUGGCCAACGUCCUACCUGACCUGCUCUGCCCCAUCGUGGAUGUGGUACUGGGUCUCGUCAAUGACCAGCUGGGUCUUGUGGAUUCUCUGGUGCCUCUGGGGAUACUUGGGAGUAUACAGUAUACCUUCUCCAGCCUCCCAUUGGUCACUGGAGAGUUCCUCGAGUUGGACCUUAAUACUCUGGUUGGGGAGGCAGGAGGUGAUCUCAUUGACUACCCCCUGGGGCGGCCAGCUCUGUCACCCAGGCCACAGAUGCCACAACUACCCCCUAUGGGUGACAACACCAACUCCCAGCUGGCCAUUUCUGCCAACUUCCUGUGCUCUGUGCUGACCAUGCUGCAGAAGCAAGGCGCAAUGGACAUUGACAUCACUGACGGCAUGUUUGAAGAGCUUCCUCCACUCACCACGUCCACACUGGGAGCCCUGAUUCCCAAGGUGUUCCAGCAGUAUCCUGAGUCCCGCCCACUCACCAUCAGGAUCCAGGUGCCCAACCCCCCAUCGGUGACAUUGCAGAAGGACAAGGCGCUGGUGAAGGUGUUUGCCACUUCUGAGGUCAUAGUCUCUCAGCCCAAUGACGUGGUGACCACCAUCUGCCUCAUUGAUGUGGACACAGACCUCUUGGCCUCAUUUUCCGUGGAAGGAGAUAAACUCAUGAUCGACACCAAGUUGGACAAGGCCACCCUCAACCUUAGAACCUCAAAUGUGGGCAACUUUGAUGUGUUCAUACUAGAGGUGCUGGUUGAGAAGAUUUUUGACCUGGCAUUUAUGCCUGCAUUGAAUGCUGUGCUGGGUUCUGGAGUCCCUCUGCCCAAAAUUCUCAACAUUGAUUUCAGCAAUGCUGACAUUGACGUCUUAGAGGAUCUUCUGGUGCUCAGCACAUGA